AUGCACACUGCUCGCUCAGGUCCCAACUCACCCCCCACCUCUCAUCAUCCCUUCCCGCUAACCUCCAUCAGGGACUCCCUCCUGCCUCACCCCUCUGCCCUCUUCGGCCUUCCCUCCCCCUUCCCUCCCCCCACCCUCCCCCCUGCCCGUCCCCUGCCCCCCGCCGUUCCCCACGAGCCCCUGGCAGCGCGGGUGCUACAGGAGUGCGCUGCAGCAUGGAACUUUUCGGGAUGGGGCGGUUGGCCGAGCAAUUGGCGCGUGGGGGGCGACUGUGACGCGGCAGAUUACAUUAAAUGCGACUCCAACGGGUUCAUCACUGAUUUGAUUCUCGACGACACGCCCUACCUUGAUUGGGGGUCUGAUUACGGCGGAAGGCCAGAUGAAAGGCUCCUCACCAGCAGCGGUAUCCCUCCCUGCAUCUGCCCUCUGUACUCCGUCCCCACCAACGCCACAAUGCACUUUCUGUGUGCUGUGCUGCAACUUGCGCAGAAAUAUGCGGCACAACGCCAUAGAGGGCCCCAUCCCGGCAUCUUUCAGCAUGCUCACCUCUCUCGUCUACCUCCUGAAAACCCUCUCCUGCUCUCUCUUGCUCUCCCGUUUCAAAUCCUCUAUCUCUCCAACAACCAGCUGUCUGGUGCCAUUCCACCUGACAUAGGCGCCCUCACGGCCCUCCAAGAGCUCAAACUCUACAACAACCAGCUGUCUGGUGCCAUUCCUCCCACCAUAGGCGCCCUGACAUCCCUCGAAAUCAUGAAUCUCUUUAACAACCAGCUGUCUGGUGCCAUUCCUUCCACCAUUAGUACCAUCACAUCCCUCAAAGUCAUGGCUCUGGAGAACAACAAGCUGGGAGGCUCCAUCCCUGACGCCUUGAGUACCCUCACUAACCUGGAUCACCUUGUGCUAUCCAACAACAAGCUGACAGGAGCCAUACCCACUUCUAUUGCCGCCUUGACGAACCUCACUGUCCUGUGCUUUUCAAGUGCUCGCCACAUUAUAUCACGCCUCACAUUCACCACUUUUCUCCUGCCCCUCUCACCCAACGCCUACCCCGCUCACCACGCCUCACAUGCACCAAUCUCCUCCUACCCCACUCAUCACACACCUACCCCUCUCUCCUCGCCCCAUCUUCCCACCAGUUCCCUUUCCCGCAACUCUCUUACUGGCAGCCUCGACAACCUCUCCUCACUGAUCCAUCUGCAGGGCCUGGAUCUAUCCAACAAUGCCAUUUCCGGCCCGAUCCCCGCCGCCCUGGGGGACCUCGUCUACUUAUAUGAUCUGACCCUUUCAAGCAACAACCUCACAGGCACUAUCCCCGAUUCCAUCUCCAGCAUCUUUGCUCUCAACACUCUGUAUGUGCCCCGCUCUCCUUCGCUCCGUACAUUGGCCCUCUCCUCUCUGCACAUCCUUUCCCUCUCUGCACGUCCUUUCCUCCCUGCACGUCUGCACCUCCCUGCUUGUACACAUCUCAGUCUGUGGGUGCACUGUCUGCCACUGCAAUGCAUCGCCACUGGUGCACUGCAAUAUGGGAGUUGCAGGAGGCUUGACAGCAACGCAUUGCUGAGCAACAACAACUUCACAGGCAGCAUCCCUGACUCCAUCCCCUAUCUACCUUUCCUCUACUACCUUGAUCUAAGCUACACAAUGCUAACCGGCAGCAUUCCUUACACCAUCACUGAACUGCAAAACCUCUUGCGCCUUGACCUGCGCAUACCAACACUCACGGGCUCCAUCCCGGCCUCCAUGGGCGCCAUGCUCAAUCUGCAGUACUUUUAUGUCAAUUUCAGUGCGACGCCAUGCGGUUCCGGGGAGUGCGAGGCGGUGCAGUACUCCGGCACAGCCUUCUGCCGUGCCUGCACUGACUUCUGUGACAUGUGCUCUCGUGAGUGUAAGGAGGGCGAAGGGGGGUUCUGA